AUGAAGAAAAGAUUCCAAGAAAAUAUAAGGGUGAAACGAGCACAACUACAAGCUCUGUGCAAGGACUUUGAGACCCUUCAUAUGAAGGAAGGUGAGACUGUUUUUGAUUUCUUUUCUUGUACUCUCACCAUUGCUAAUAAAAUGCGUUUCCAUGGUGAAAAGAUGAGUGAUGUUAGCAUUAUUGAGAAAAUCCUGCGCUUCACGAUUUCAAAGUUUGAUUAUGUGGCUUGUUCCAUUGAAGAGUCCAACGAUUUGGACAUCAUGACCAUUGAUGAAUUGCAGAGUAGUCUAUUGGUUCAUAAACAACGUAUGCAAAGACAUACUGUGGAAGAGCAGGCAUUGAAGAUCACUCUUGACAGCAGUAUAUAG